UGAAGGCAGCAUUAGCUAGUGCGUGAUGCGCCCACCGAGGCUGCUAGCAUAAACCCGCCGCUGCUGCUCUUUUAUCUUGUGUAAAGCCCGUAAACCGAAGUAAAGACUAGAUAUUAUUUCGUUGCCAUCUGUAAUAACCUGAACGUUAUAAGCCUCAGAUUAGGUGAUCCCUUUUCAUCGUAGAUUACGGCUCAACUAAUCUCAUUGAUUUAGCACAGAUAGCCCUAACGGCUAGUUAGCUGUUAGCUGUCUACGGGUGGGCUAACUCAGCUAAAUGGAUGGCAAAGGAGCUCAUUGUCGUUUUCAGCGACGCGGAUAAGGCGUGUGAUUCAGUUCAAGAUUACCGACGUUAAAAAAUUAAAGCCUUUUAAGAAUGGAUCUCAAUUUUUACUCGGACCUGUCGGAUGGUUGUGGGCAGAAUGUUGAUUCCGAGAUUUUGGACACGCAAGAAUAUGGUGGCUACUCCGAGAAUAAAUUUCCAGGAGGCAGUGAUAAUUACCUGACCAUCAGCGGAGGAGCUCAUCCUUUCCUGUCCGCUGAGCAGACCUUCCAUACCCCCAGCCUCGGAGAUGAGGUGUUUGAGAUCCCCCCCAUCUCUCUGGACUCAGUCUCAGCCCUCAGCGUCGGUGAUGUGGUGUCCCACUUCGGGGAGCUGUCCGAUGGGUCAGAGGGUGCUGGGGGCCCCUCUAGCUCCGGGAGCCUUGUUAGCAACCUGGUGGUGGAGGCCAAUGACCCAUCCUUCGCCUCUACUUUUGUGAACUCUGGCUCCCAAGGCCUGGAGCACUUGAAUCUCGGGGUGAUGAGUCAGGCCGGUGGGGGAGCUCUGCUCAGCUCGUCAGCUCUGGAACUGGGUAAUUCCAAUGGGUCACAUUUUAGCAGCUCUUCCCCAAUGACCAUUGACGUCCCACUUGGCGAUAUUGGUCCUGGUCUUUUGGGAAGCAGCCAGCUGACAACUAUUAACCAAUCAGAGCUGGGACUGGGUCUUGGGAGUGGGAACAUGCUGCCUCAGUCAAAGACACCUGACCAGCCGCUGUCAGCAACACCGUCUCCAGCCGGCUCCCUGCAGGAUGAAGACAUGGAUGAGUUCAGGAGUGUUCUGGCAGACUGUCCCGUGUCUCUCUCCUCCGCUUCUGCAACUUCCCAAGUGUCCUCCCAUCCUGUUCCCACGUCCUCUGCCUCCCCGGCUGCAGCCAGGAGGGGUGGGGGCAAGCCAGCCACAGUGGCCUCACCGACAGGGUCAGUGGGUGCAAAGAAAGGGAAGAAGAAGAAAGACCCCAAUGAGCCCCAGAAGCCUGUGUCGGCCUAUGCCUUGUUCUUCAGGGACACCCAGGCAGCUAUCAAGGGCCAGAACCCCAACGCUUCUUUUGGAGAGGUGUCGAAGAUUGUGGCUUCCAUGUGGGACAGUUUGGCUGAGGAGCAGAAACAGGUGUAUAAGAGAAAGACUGAAGCAGCAAAGAAGGACUAUUUGAAAGCACUGGCAGCUUACAAAGCCAACCAGCUCUCACAGCCUUCCACUGAGGUGAUGGAGACCUCCCCCUCACCAUCUCCUGUGCCGAUGGCCAACCCAACUCCUGCAGCUCCCUCUGCUGCUGCCCUCCAGCUGGUCCGCGCAUCUCAAAACAGCCUGGAGGAAAACACCAUCACCAACAUUUGUGCCUCCAACAUCAUCCUGGAUGUCCCGGAGGUGACGACACGAUCACGGACGGGGGCAAACAAAGUCCCCGCUUCGGUAGCCGCGGCCCCUCCAGCCAAAACCGUCACCAAGAUCAUAAUUGCCAAGCAGAUGCUACAGGCUGGCGGCCAGGUGUUGACCGUGCUGCCUGGAGGGGUCCGUACCUUGCAGCCUGCGGUUGUUGUCCCGGGCGCCUCCCGCCAGCCCCCUCCGCUGCAGCAGAUGCAGAACGCGCCGCCUCCACCACGUCUUCAGCAGAUGGCGCCGGCACCACCGCCCUUACAGGCCAAGCCCCGCGAGGGAAGCACCAUGGCAGGCCUCCCGGUGUCCGUCACCGCCACGCCUCCACCUCCGCUCCAGAUAAAAAUCGUUCCCGCUUCCCUGCAGGGCAAAGAGGCCGUGCCAAUUAUUGUGGCCACCACGGCCGCGGCCAACUCAGCUAGUGUGCCGUCCGCCGUGCCCACGUCUGCCCAGUCGACAUCCAUCGUGGCUCUGCAGGUGGUGAACUCCGCUGACCUGCCAGGCAACCCAGAGGAGGAGGUCGUUGCAGAGGUGUUGCCCUCAGAGGAGGAGGAGAUGGACCUGAACGAGUCCGGCGAUGCCUCCUCCGCCCUGAGUGUGUGUGUACGGGCCGGCUGCAACAACCCAGCAGUGGAGAGCAAAGACUGGGACAAAGAAUACUGCAGUAACGAAUGUGUAGCCACUCACUGCAGGGAUAUAUUCAUGGCCUGGUGCUCCAUCAAGAACCAGAGCAUGGGAACGGUGAAAUAAGGAGAAGUGAGGCAGAAGACUUGGGGCUGAUCAGCAGCAAAACCACAGCUAGACUAGAAUACAAAUCAGCAGGCGUUUUGGGGCAAGCUCAACCAGAACAUGGUGGUGUACAGAAAGAGUCGAAAAUAUGUUUUGCUACGAAUGCCUGUACAUUACAGUGUUUUUAAAAAAUAUUGUUUUGUACACACAGGCUUGUUGUGGUUGCUAUUCAGGAAAUGAACAGGAAAGCUUGCUAACUGCCACCACCUACUGAAUUUAGAUGGAAGUAGCAGGUACAGAAGUAUCUGCAGUGUGAAUUAUGUUUGAGUGUGUAUGCAGCGUUCAGCCAGGCUCCAGUGGACUGGAGGGCUGCUGGGAAAAGGUGAGCGGAGAGAACCGUGAAAGACAAAAGACGUUCUAGAGAAUGGAAACAAACUCAUCAAAUUAGUCUUGUUUUUAUUUUCUGAUACAGCUAAAGUCCAUAUGGGUCACUUUAUACUUUUUUUUUUUUUUUUUUUUUUUUUUUUUGGUAAAAGUUUCCUGUUUAGGAAACUGUCUGUUACUCAAAGCUCUUUGUUCUGGAAGAGAGGUUGUUGGUUGUCUUUUUUUUUUUUUUUUUGUUACACAAGUUAAAAUUAUUGAUGAUACAACACUCAAGUGUCAAUUGGACCCUUGCUUCGAAGUCUUUUGGUGCCUCUUGUCUCUUGUGUUACUCGAUAGAGACACACUCCACAACAGUUCAAUUUAUUACUUUACUUGAAUAAAAAAAAGUCUUCAUUUGAAGGAAUACUUUGUAUUGCUGAGAUUUUUGUACUGAGGUUAGUUGCCUUCCAGGCUUAAGGUUGCCUUCAUUUCUUUUUUGUAAAAGAUUCUCGGCUUAGGUAAUUGUCAGUUGAUAAAAAAAUCAUGAUAAAUUUUACUUUGUUUUCUUAAUAAAUUAGUAAUAAAUGCUCAAA